UGUGAACCAUCCAAACGUUAUCUCGCCAGUUCUUCCAUCAUUCAUCUUCAGACUUCGACCACGCGGAUUGCGAAACUCAAACAUUCCUGAACACCAGCUAGGAUUCCGAUUUAUCCGCCAGCAUUUCGAGCCAUCCACCUGUCUUCCAGUGACGGCUAUCUUGAUCCUUUGCGACCCUACCAGUCUUGGUAAUCAGUAAUCGACCGACCGACCGACCGCCCGCCACCAUGUCGACCGCUGCCCGCCGCCGCUUGAUGCGCGACUUCAAGCGCAUGCAGACCGACCCUCCCGCCGGCGUCUCUGCCUCUCCUGUACCUGACAACGUUAUGACCUGGAACGCCGUGAUUAUCGGACCCGCCGACACGCCUUUUGAGGACGGAACCUUCAGACUCGUGAUGCAGUUCGAGGAGCAGUAUCCCAACAAGCCGCCCGCGGUCAAGUUCAUCAGCCAGAUGUUCCAUCCCAACGUCUAUGCAACGGGAGAGCUUUGCUUGGAUAUCCUGCAGAACAGAUGGAGUCCCACCUACGACGUUGCCGCGGUGUUGACAAGUAUCCAGAGUUUGCUUAACGACCCAAACACCGGUUCCCCCGCGAACGUGGAGGCGUCGAAUCUUUACAAGGACAACCGCAAGGAGUAUACGAAGCGGGUUCGCGAGACGGUUGAGAAGAGCUGGGAAGACUAGAUGACAAUGAUACCAACACAAAAGGAACACAUACGACGUUUAUGAACAACAUGGUCCUCUCUGCCUCAAGCAGGUGAUGGCCUUUUGGGAACAUAUUGCAGGGCUGCACUGGGACGGCGAAUGACCACACUGGGACAGACAAAUUCACGUGAGAGGCUACCCAGGGUCGACCAGACAGAUUCCUUGAUUUGCCUCGCAUUAAGUGGCUGGGUACCCUCAGUAGUGCAAGUGGGGGGGGAACAUUUGGCGUUUCGGCUUGCGCUGUCCUAUCCGUAUGGCUUUGGGGGCGACCUUGUUGCGAUGGGCGUUUCGCGGUCGUGCGUUUUGCUUUUUUCCACCAUCGAGCCACCGGAUGCCGGUGACGUUAGGUUCGUUUUCAUCUGGCUUUUACAGGGGAGUUCGUGGGAAGUGCAUUUGGGGCCUCAUUAACAGCGAAAUACCAAAUCUA